CCCCUGAGAAAACCCUGCACCGGAGGCGGAGCCUCGGUGAUCUUCUCACCCCGCCUUCCUAUAGGCGCGCGGGGCUUACGGUCGGCACCGUUUGAUGACGUCACAGUCAUUGGCAGCGCGAAGCGGCGGCCGCUGCCACAGUAGUGAGCGGCGGGGUAGGAGUGUGCAGCAUGUCUAGUCUGGGGGCCUUGGGUGGCACCCGCGCCGGGCUAGGACUGUUGCUGGGCACCGCCGCGGGCCUUGGAUUCCUAUAUGCCCUUUACAGCCAGCGGUGGAAACGGGGCCAGGGCCAGAGCCAGCCCAGCUCCCUGGACUACAUGCAGACUUCAGAGCCUGGACGCCAGGUGAGGCCGUUGUGGGCAGCUCCAGGUGAGGCUGGUGAUGCUGCGGUGCUGCCGAGCCUUCCACGAGAAGGGCAGGACGAGGUGCUGGGCCGUCUGGAGUUUGUGCUGACCAGCCUGCUGGCACUGCGAGGGGAGGUGGAGGAGCUGAGGCGUAGCCUGCAGGGGCUUGCUGGGCAGAUUGUGGGCGAGGUCCGAUCCCACCUGGAAGAGAACCAGAAAGUGGCCCGGCGGCGAAGGUUCCCAUUUGCCCGGGAGAGGAGUGACUCCACUGGCUCCAGCUCUGUCUACUUCACGGCCACCUCGGGAGCCACGUUCACAGAUGCUGAGAGCGAGGGCGGUUACACAACAGCCAACGCUGAGUCUGACUAUGAGCGGGACUCUGAAAGGGAGAGUGACGAUGACGGGGAAGAUGAAGUGAGCUGUGAGACCGUGAAGAUGGGGAGAAAUGAUUCUCUGGACCUGGACCUGGAGGUGGAGGUGGCUUCAGGCCCGGCGCCUGAAGCCCUGGAGGCUGGAGGCUCCCCUGGCCUAGAAGAUGUGCUGCCCCUCCUAAAGCAGGCAGACGAGCUGCGCCAGGGCAGUGAGCAGGGCAAGCGGGAGGGCUUGCAGCUGCUGCUCAACAACAAGCUGGCGCAUGGAAGCCAGCAGGACUUUCUCUGGCGCCUGGCCCGGGCCUACAGUGACAUGUGUGAGCUUGCUGAGGAGGCAGGUGAGAAGAGGUCCUAUGCCCUAAGUGGAAAAGAAGCAGCGGAGGCCGCUCUGGAGAAGGGGAAUGAGAAUGCUGAGUGUCACCAGUGGUAUGCAGUGCUUUGUGGUCAGCUGGCUGAGCAUGAGGGCAUCCAGAGGCGCAUCCAGAGUGGCUUUAGCUUCAAGGAGCAUGUGGACAAAGCCAUUGCUCUCAAGCCAGAAAACCCCAUGGCAUACUUUCUCCUUGGCAGGUGGUGCUACCAGGUCUCUCACCUAAGCUGGCUAGAAAAAAAAACUGCGACAGCUUUGUGUGAAAGCCCUCUCGGUGCCACUGUGCAGGACGCCCUCCAGAGCUUCUUAAAGGCUGAAGAACUACAGCCAGGAUUUUCCAAAGCAGGAAGGAUAUAUAUUUCCAAGUGCUACAGAGAACUAGGAGAAAACCCUGAAGCUAAACGGUGGAUGAAGUUGGCCCUGGAGCUGCCAAAUGUCACUAAAGAGGAUUCAGCUUUCCAGAAGGACCUGGAAGAAUUGGAAGUAAUUUUAGGAGAAUAAUCACAUUUCAAUGGCCUUCAUGACUUGAGGGGGAGAAAAAAUCAAGUCUUUUUUCUCUUAGAUUCUGCUUAGAUCAUGAAACUGAGCAAGACUGGUUAAGGGAGUGUCCUGAUUCCUAGGUCUGACUGCUACCUGCCACCAUUCCCCAAUUUCUUCUUAUUGUCUACUGGUUAGCUUAUUUUAAUCCGCUACCUAAUCUGAAACUGGGGAAGUACUUGAGGCCCGGGUUUCUGUUACUCUCUCCGUAAAGUGAAUUCUUGAACAAUCAAGACUAGUAUAACACCUGCCCUAGGGUACAGUGCGGGUAGAGCACUGAAGGCUGUCUUCCAGCUGCUGGUGACGUGGGUGAAGCUCCAAAGAGCUAUAGGAGCAAAACAUAGAACUUCUACUCUCUAAUCUUUUUCACUGAUUAAUAUUCAACACCAAAGUAUAUCGUCCUAAAGUCACACCCUAACCUACCAGGAUAAAAGGUCGGAGAGUCCAUGGGUAUUGCCUCUUCUCAACCUAUCAAUCAUGUGGAUUGUAACUAUAUUCCUGGGCCGAGGGGCCGGACCACUUGACUUCCAGAGUCCUGGCAGCUUUUGGAACGACAGUGGUGCAUAAGGCUUAUGAGACUGUGAAAAUGAUGAUCUGAGGAGUUGCCUGGUUGCCUGGAAUAUAUUUUGGUACAAACCUGAAAUAAACCAAAUUUAACUA